AUGCUUAGUGAAUUCAAUUCAUGUCAACCAUGUUUGGAUACCAUAAAUGAUAAAGAUGCUUUUAAUAUUAAUAAUUCAUCUAAUAUUCAUACCAUUAUUCCAUUAGAAGCUGACGCUGAACGAAAUAUUCGUACACGUACAGUUACACCUAUUGUUACUGGCUCAUCUGUUGUUGCAUUUACUUUCAAUGGCGGUGUUAUUUUAGCUGCUGAUACUCUUGGUUCAUAUGGUUCAUUAGCUAAAUAUCGAAAUAUUUCACGGAUUCAUCAAGUUAAUGAGAAAACUGUUCUUGCAGUUGGUGGAGAUCUAUCCGACGCUGAUUAUAUAAAAGAAGCUGUUGAUAGCAAAGUAGAACAAGACACUAUUCAAGAAGAUGGAGGUGAAAUGACACCACUAGCUUUAUAUACUUGGUCUACAAGACUAAUGUAUCAUCGAAGAACUAAACUUAAUCCAUUGCUAACAAGUGCUAUUGUAGCAGGAAUGGAAAAUAAAGAAUUUUUUCAGGGAAAAAACUUUAUUGAUUUGUUUACGUGUAGAUUUCUUGGACGUGUUAAUGAUAAAGGCUCAGGUUAUAAAGAAUUUUUAAUUAUAACUGGUAUUGACAAUCAUUUGGCUCAAUAUCGUGUUGUUGUUAUUACAAAUGAUGGUGUGGAAUUUAAAGCUAAAGAAGUUCAACCUGAUUGGUGUUUGGCGCCAUUACUCCAUAACACAGAAUGA